AUGCCAUCUUCGGCGGUGUCCUCAUCAAUUGAUGGAAGCGAAGCUUUCUCCUUAGCUCUGGCAGUGAGCGUGGUGUGCCUUGUCUGGUAUACCGCCGUUCUGCUCGUUUCCUUCAUUGGCUUCACGCAACUAUGGCGGCACUACUCUUCUCCAAGGCCGCGAGCAAGCCCCAAUUCAUCUUCGGCACUCGACGUGACGGUGAUUCGGCCGGUGAAAGGCUUGGAACCUCGUCUAUAUGACUGCUUGGCUUCGACCUUCCGACAAGACUAUCCGAGGGAAAAGCUGCACAUCCGCUUUUGCAUUUCUGACCGCUCAGAUCCUUCUCUGCCAGUCAUAGAAAAGCUACUUCAGGACUUUCCUGGCUUUGACGCCCAGCUUCUGGUCGAGGAUGAAGAUGAGACGCUGAUCAAUGGCCAAGCCAAUCUUGGACCAAACCCCAAGAUCCGUAACAUGAGUCGUGCCUACCGCACAGCCAUCGGUGACCUCAUAUGGAUCAUUGACUGUAAUGUGUGGGUAGCCCGAGGCGUCUGCAGCAGAAUGGUCGCAAAACUUGAAGGCCACGGAACUCCGCACAGGAACAAAUUUGUGCAUCAGCUUCCUCUGGUCGUGGAUGUUCUCGAGAGCAGCUCUUCCACCGAAGAAUCUCAAGGGCUCCUCUCCGCGGGCACUCAGCUCCGCACAACCAGCUCGGCCAGCGCCACCUUGCAAGGCACUUCCGAACGCACGCCCUUUUCAAUCGGCGGCGGUCGUCUUGAGGAACUCUUCAUGUCCACCGCCCAUGCAAAGUUUUACACAGCAAUCAACACCGUACUAAUCGCUCCUUGCUCUGUUGGUAAAAGCACCAUGUUCCGUCGCAGUCAUCUCGAUCAUGUGACAGCAGAAAAGAACGAGGGUAAUGUUGGCCUGGACUUUUUCAACCAAAACAUCUGCGAAGACCACUUGAUUGGCGACCUGCUCUGGAAGAGCUCUGUUCCGGAGGAGGUCGCUGGUGAGAAGAUGGGCAAGCACGCAUGCCUGUUUGGAGACUUGGCAAUUCAACCCAUGGCAAACAUGAGUCUGGUCGAGUAUUGGCGUAGGCGUGUUCGCUGGCUGCGGGUGAGGAAGUUCACUGUAACCCUCGCUACGAUGGUGGAGCCCGGAACCGAAAGCUUUCUUUGCUCAGCGUAUGGAGCUUGGGCCGCCACAUCGCUGCCUUGGACUGGAUUGCCCCAGACUUGGACUGCACUUGCGAUCUUCUGGCUGCUGAGCAUAACGGCGUGGUGCACUGUGGAUUGGAUACUGUAUCUGAAGCUGCAUUCCGCGGCGUCCAUUGACGUUGACGAGGAGACCCCUUUCUUUGCUAGGGCACCCAAACCUGGGCACAAGAGGCCUUUCACGGAGUGGGUAUUCGCCUGGUUCGGGCGAGAGACACUAGCCUUCCCAAUCUGGUUCUGGGCAAUAUAUGGAGGUGCAACUGUCGAGUGGAGGGGGAAGCGUUUCUGGGUUGGUAUGGACAUGAAGGUGCACGAAAUAGACGCUCAAAGGGCCGAAGAUGGGCAUAAGAGUGGGACGUCGACGCCUGCAGAUAGGAAGGCGAGGAGAGACUGA